UUCCCAUAGCAGAGUUUUUUGCCUUUAAAUUUCCUGACCUUGAGAAGUUAGCAAUGUAAAGAGCAGGAUAGGGGUAUAUAAAGAGCAGAGCGUGGGCUUUCUCUUCCAUUCAGGCAUCAUGAAGGCCGUGGUUUUCCUGGCUCUGCUCGGAGCUGCAUUUGCUGCAGCUGAGAAUGAGAAGGUUGUCGGAGGCUACGAGUGUCCCGGACACUCAGUUCCCUACCAGGUGUCUCUGAACGCCGGAUAUCACUUCUGUGGUGGAUCCCUCAUCUCCAGCCAGUGGGUGGUGUCUGCUGCUCACUGCUACAAGUCUCGUAUCCAGGUCCGUCUGGGUGAGCACAACAUCGCCGUGAACGAGGGCACCGAGCAGUGGAUCGACGGCGCCAAGAUGAUCAAACACCCCCAGUACAACAGCUACAACCUGGACAACGACAUCAUGCUGAUCAAACUGAGCCGCACCGCCACCCUCAACAGCUACGUCCAGACCGUGGCCCUGCCCUCCCGAUGCCCCCUGCCCGACGAGAACUGCAUGGUGUCCGGAUGGGGCAACACGUCCGCCAACGGCAGCAACUUCCCUGACAGGCUCCAGUGUCUGAGGCAGCCCAUCAUCGAUGACAGGAUCUGCAGGAACGCCUACCCCCACCUCUUCACCGACAACAUGGUCUGCUCCGGAUUCAUGCACGGAGGCGCCAGCAGCUGCCAGGGAGACUCUGGCGGUCCUCUGGUGUGUAGCGGUCAGCUGCAGGGCGUCGUGUCCUGGGGUUAUGACUGCGCCAUGCAGGGACAUCCCAGCGUUUACGCCCGAGUGUGUCGCUACACCAGCUGGAUCAGCAGCACGAUGAGGAGCAACUAAACACCCACAACCACUUCAAAACCACCCGCAUGCUGACACUACAACGCCACAGCCGGUGCUCAUGCUCACUUUAUUACUGUCAUCCUGAUACAUGUCAUUAAUAAAACUUUCACUUCUGCAAACACAAUAAUGGAAGUGAAAAUAUGUGUUAGGAUA